ACCUGCACAGCUCACCACUGUGGGGAAGCGCUGCUGCUUAUGGAUUCAGGACUUGUGCAUGGACCUGCGCAACUUAGAGCGGGCUCGGGAUGACCUACGCUUUCGAGGUGUAAAAGGCACCACGGGCACUCAAGCCAGCUUCUUGCAGCUCUUUGAGGGAGACCAUAGUAAAGUUGAAGAGCUGGACAGAUUAGUGACCGCAAAGGCAGGAUUUAAGCGGGCUUAUAUGGUCACAGGACAGACCUAUAGUCGCAAGGUAGAUAUUGAAGUCCUGUCUGCACUGGCCAGUAUGGGGGCGUCCAUACACAAGAUUUGUACUGACAUUCGUCUUUUGGCUAACCUGAAGGAGAUAGAGGAGCCUUUUGAGAAAGAACAGAUUGGUUCAAGCGCUAUGCCUUACAAGAGGAAUCCGAUGCGUUCAGAACGCUGCUGCAGCCUGGCUCGACACCUGAUGACUCUGGUGCUGGAUCCCCUCCAGACAGCCUCUGUGCAGUGGUUUGAGCGAACAUUGGAUGACAGUGCCAACAGGCGCGUGUGUCUUGCUGAGGCUUUCCUCACAGCUGACAUCAUUCUGAGUACACUGCAGAAUAUCUCCGAGGGACUUGUGGUAUAUCCAAAGGUGAUUGAGAGGAGGAUCCAGCAGGAGCUGCCAUUUAUGGCCACAGAGAAUAUAAUCAUGGCGAUGGUGAAAGCAGGAGGCAAUCGUCAGGAUUGCCAUGAGAAGAUUCGUGUUCUCUCCCAGCAAGCAGCUGCUGUUGUGAAACAGGAAGGAGGUGAUAAUGACUUAAUUGCCCGUGUCCGAGCUGAUGCUUACUUCAGCCCUAUCCAUAAACAACUUGAAAGCCUGUUGGAUCCCUCCUCCUUCACUGGACGUGCUCCUCAGCAGGUGGCAAAGUUCCUGAAGGAGGAGGUUCGACCAGUGCUGAUUCCAUACCAAAGCAAGAUGGGUGGGAAAAUUGAGCUGGCGCUUUAGGUAUAUUCUGCAAAGGUGUUUGGGUACGGGAAGAUAAUAAAAGCCUUAUUGAACCA